AAGGCCAAGCCUUCUACAUGUGUGGGAGGUGGACAGGUCUCUAGUUAGAGGACUCCAUGAGGAUGGUGCUUGUAGUGCCAGAAAUACCUCCAUAUAUGGAUUAAUAUUCUAACAAGGAGGAGAGAAAAGGAAAUUUGAGUAACCCAGACAGUCCAUGCUGAAGCCCAAACCAUCCCACACAAGUUCUGGUUGUCAGGUGUAGGAGACACAAAAAGAGAAGGUGGAGAAGGGUUUUUAGGAAACAAGAGCCUUGCCCAGUAAGAAAUUCCAACCUUGAGUCUUUGAAACCUUCAAAGUGUUUGGACUGUUUCCACAAUGAAUUACCUAUUUAUCUGAAAAGCCAGAAACAAAGCAGGCUCCCUACUGGGAACUUCCAGACACAAAGGAGCCCCUUCUCUCACCUGUCCCCUGGUGCUGUCUUCCAGAACAUCUGGAGAUGUGUGCCUGGGAGGAGGGUGGGUCAGAGCAUGACUCACCUGGAAAGUGGGUUGGCAAGGCUUGUGUGUGGGCAGGUGACAUAGUAGUUUUUUUCUUAAGUUCUUUAAAAUUUGAAGGAAAUCACUACUUUUAUUUUUCUGUUGUACCAAUAUAGGCAUUUAGUGCUAUGGCUUUUUCUCCAUGUGCUGUUUAAGCUAUAUCAUGGUAAUUUGAUGUGAUCUAAACCAUAAAUCUCCAACAGACAGGUUCUCUGUGUCUCUCACAGCACUUAGUGUGCCCACAGUGAACACUCAUUGAACAUUUCCUAUAUUAGUAAAUCAAAGAAUGGAAUGUUUUGAUCACAUUCUUCAGUCUGUAAUCACGCAAAAGAGAAAAAUGAAUGUGCAGGUGGCAGCACAACCCUAAGCAUUUUGAGAGCCCCCUCGACACCAUGGUACUGUUGAGUUUUAUUGAUUUGGUCAACUACUCCCAAAUCCAAGUUCUUGGAGAUCACAAUGACGUAGAAUCCAUUGGUCUCUUUUUUCCCCAUUUACCAGAUCUCCCCCCUGCCCUGGCCAUCUUCAUUUCUACCCCUGUCCCAAGAACGUGUAUAGUCCAGAAGUUCAACCACUUCCUACUAAUGAUCUAAAUAUAUAGCCCCUGCUCCCUUUUACAUUUUUGGAAGUAAAGGUUUUGGUUUUUGUUUUGAAAAAUUUCAAACUUACAAAAAAUACAGAGGAUAACAUAAUGAACACAAAUAUGUCCACCACCCAAAUUUAAUUGAAGAUGUCAAUUAAAAAACGUAUUGUGCCGAUAAGUGAUACCACUAACCACCCAGUUGCCUAUGUUAAAAACCCAGUUACUAAAUUGUAAUCCUUUCUUCUGAUUUCUAUCUUGUCGGGGCAGACCAUGCUAAUUUUAUUUCCUAAAUAUCUGUCCUAUAUGCUCAAAUUCUCUUCAUCCCCACUGCCGCUACCGUGGCCCAGGGCUCCAUCACCUCUCACAUAGUUUACUGCAGAAUCCUCCCCCCACAAUUGCUUUCUUCAACCAUGUUUCCUUUCAGACAAUAAGCUCUGAGAGCCAGGACUAUGCUCAUUCUUGAUCUACCACUUAAUCUCCAGCCCCCAGCACUUAGCAGGAACACAAUAAAUAUUUUCAAAUAAAUUAAUGAAUGUAUUUUUAUGUACUGUGUAAUUCUUCAUCAACAUGAGAUGUAUUUUAAUGGUUUCUGUUGCAGAAUGAACAUGGAGGAACAUAACCUGUCUUUGGUGGUGGACUUAUCUUUCCCAGACUUGGUCAUCAAUGUAGGAGAAGUAACUCUUGGGGAAGGAAACAGAAAUAAGCUGCAGAAAACUCAAAGAGACCAAGAGAAGAGGAAAGUUUUAGAGGCUGCAUGUGCUUUGUUAAACUCAGGAGGAGGAGUGAUUCAGAUGGAAAUGGCAAACAAGGAUGAGCAUCCUGUGGAGAUGGGACUGGACUUAGAGCAGUCUUUGAGAACACUUAUCCAGUCUUCAGAUUUGCAGGCUUUCUUUGAGACUAAGCAACAAGGGAGGCAUUUCUACAUUUUUGUUAAAUCUUGGAACACUGGCCCUUUCUCUGAAGCCAGUUCCUCCAAGCCUCGCAUUUGCAGCCUGGAUUCUUCCUUAUGCCUCAGAUCCGGCACUUCUGUGAUGCCCAUGAAUUCAAGGGAGGCAUUUAGUUUCCUGGAAACCAGGAAAAGAAAUGCAAAGCUUCCAAGGAAAGAACCUUCUAAUAAAAUUCUCAGGGUAAAAGAGCAAAACUUCCACUGCUCCAAUCCUGCUUACCGAAUUUUCCAAAGAGAUCAGCUUGAGUAUGGUGAAAUCCUGCCUUUUCCUGAGUCUCAAUACGUAGAGUUUAAGCAGUUCAGUACGAAACACAUUCUAGAGUACGUAAAAAACAUAAUUCCAGAGUACACCUCUGCAUUUGCAAACUCUGGGGGAGGCUAUCUUUUUAUUGGAGUGGAUGAUAAGACUAAGAAAGUUCUGGGAUGUGCGAAAGAAAAAGUUGACCGUGACUCUUUGAAAAGGAAAAUAGAAGGUGCAAUAAACAAAUUACCUUGUGUCCAUUUUUGCCAAUCCCAAUGCCAGAUCAGUUUCAAGGUCAAACUCUUGGACGUGUUAGCCAAGGGCGAGUUGUAUGGCUAUGUUUGUGUGAUCAGAGUGAAGAAAUUCUGUGGCGCAGUAUUUUCAGAGGCUCCCAAGUCAUGGAUUGUGAAUGGCGAGAAAGUCUGUAGCCUGACAACUGAGGAAUGGGUGGGCAUGAUGGUGGACACAGACCCAGAUCUUGUACGUUUGUCCAAAGACUUUGAAUCUCAGCUGAGUCUGUCUAAUGGGCCUCCUCUUAGCAGACCAGUGUACUCCAUGAAAGGCCUGGAACACAAGGAAGAUCUCCAGCAACUUUUAUUUUCAGUGCCAUCAGAAGGUUUGCGAUGUACUCCCGAAUCCCUCUGGGAGGAGCUGUCCUCAGAGCAUGAAGGUCUGGAGGAAUUAAUAAAUCAGCAAAUGCAUCCUUUCUCCCAGGGAAUUUUGAUCCUUUCUAGAAGCUGGGCUGUGGACCUGAACUUGCAAGAAAAGCAGGGAGUCAUCUGUGACGCUCUGCUGGUAACACAGAACAGCCCCCCGAUUCUCUAUACCAUUCUCAGGGAGCAGGGUGCGGACGGGCAGUUGUACUGCACCCAUACCGCCUUUACUUUGAAGCAGAAGCUGGUGAACAUGGGGGGCUAUACUGGGAAGCUGUGUAUCAUGACCAAGGUUCUCCAUCUGAGUCCUGAGAACAGUGCGGAGUCCUCUGAAGGUUCAGGCUAUCUGAUUGAUUACCCUGAGUCCUAUGACCUUGCAGACACCCAGCAAAUGGAAGCUUUACUGCAGUGCCUUGUGAUCGUCUUGCUCAGCUUCAGGUCUUUCCUGAGUGACCAGCUUGGCUGUGAGAUUUUAAAUCUGCUCACAGCCCAACAGUAUGAGAUUGUCUCAAAGAACCUCCACAAGACCAGAGAAUUGUUUAUCCAUGGUUUACCUGGAUCAGGGAAGACAAUCGUGGCCAUGAAGAUCAUGGAGAAGAUCAAGAAUAUGUCGGGUUGUGAGAAAAAUGAAAUUCUCUAUGUUUGUGAGAACCAGCCUCUGAAGGACUUUAUCGGUAAAAAAGGUAUCUGCCAUGCAGUGACCCGGAAAACCUUCAUGGGUAAUACUAACUUCAAAAACAUUCAACACAUCAUCAUUGAUGAAGCUCAGAAUUUCUGCGUUGAAGAUGGGAAUUGGUACGAGAAGGCAAAAACCAUCACUCAGAAAGAAAAGAAUUACCCUGGAAUUCUCUGGAUCUUUCUGGACUACUUUCAGACUAACCACAUGGAGUGCAGUGGCCUCCCCAGUCUCCAAUACCAGUAUCCUAGAGAAGAGCUCAUUAGAGUGGUCCGCAAUGCAGAUCCAAUAGGCAACUACCUACAAAAAAUAAUGCAGAAAAUCAAAGAAAACCCACCACCUAACAUUCCCCCUGAGUCCCUGAGUAUACUGUGUGAAGCUGAAUGGUCUCAGGGUGUUCUAGGUAACUUUCAGUUUAAGAGGUACUUGGAUUUGGAGGAGAUGGUGGUUUUUAUAACAGAGAAAUGCCAGUUUUUCUUGAGGAAUGGUUAUUCCUACAAGGAUAUUGCUGUGCUUUGCAGCAAGGCACCUAAUGCAAACAUAUAUAAAUUUAUGCUUCAAAGAGCAAUGAGGAAAAGAAAUUUUCAGCUCAAUGAGGAAUCUGAUCAGUUCAUACGGAUCGGAGAUGCAUCAGAUAUCACGGGCAAUCACAUCGUGGUGGACAGUGUUCGUCGAUUUUCAGGCUUGGAAAGAAACAUUGUGUUUGGGAUUGAUCCAAGGGGAGCUCACCCAGAUGUUUUCCACAGUCUUCUGCUCUGUCUGGCUUCCAGGGCAAGGAAAUAUCUGUAUGUUCUGAUGCCUCAGGAAGAACAGAUCUCAGUCUAAGAAGAAUUGAUAGAGACAAAUUAUUCUAUAUCCCUGCAGUUUCAGAAAAGGAAUUACUACUCUACAUCAUAAAAGCAUUAUUUCUAACAAUCGACCCUUGUAAGAUAACUGGUUUCUGAGUAGUUGCUAUAUCCUGUGACAUGAACUUCUAAAAAGUCUAAUUUUUUUUUUAAUAUGGAGCACUUCACAGAUUUAUGUGUCAUUCUUGUGCAGUCUGAAUUGCGUUGAAUCUGUAGAUUACUUUGGGUAGUAUAAACAUUUUAAUGAUGAUGGUAAUCCUUCCUAUCCAUGAAC